CUUGGCAGGAGCACCAUACUUAUAUGAGAGAGCUUAUCAAUGUGAUUUAUGUUGCAGUCUCUCAAUACUGAUUUCUAAGUUCUAGUACUUUGAAAUAUAAAGCUGAAAAUGAAAAAGGAUAGCGAAAGGAAGAUGAAAGAGAAGCAGAAAUCGAGGCCUCAAGUAAACACCACUCUCCAGUCUGAUGAGGAUUGUGUUUUAUCCAAGACUCCAAGUGGUGAGGGCAAGGCCUCCAGUAAACAUAUGACAACCAGCGUGCCUGGUAAUGCCGCCUUAUCAAAUGGAUUAAAAGAUUCUGCAAUAUCUGAGCAAGAAAUGGCGCGAGUUGUUUCUGCUCCUAAAGAUCAGGAAUACAGCCUGGUAAAGCCAGCUCAGACCUUACAUCAAGAAGUGGAAAAAAGUGAACAAAUUGUUCCAAUUGAUGGGAAGCAAACAGAACUAAUCGUAGAUGUAAAAGAGGCCGAUAAUAUGCCAAAGUCUAAGGGAAGGAGAAGAAAAACAAAAGAACCUACUCUAGAGAAUACACAAAUUCUGCCAGUACCUCAAGAAUAUAAUUUGGUGGAACCUAAAGAAGAACCCGAGGCAUUAGACUUUGUAGUAUUUGCUUCAUUACAGACUAAGGAGUUACUCUUUGCUCCUAUGGAAGUGGAUCUUCCAAGUGUUCCACCAAUGAAGGAGAAGAAAAGUCGCAAGAGGAAACCACCAAAACAGACCCCUCCAGAGAAAAAGUUGCGUGCAGAGUGUGAGCUAGGACUGCCGGUCAUUACGGCAGAAGAGAAACCUGUUGUGUUCAGUGAGACUUCAGAGCCUUUCAACAUAGUUGAGGAAGAGCAGAUGCAGAAUGUAAAUGAGGACAUGCUCUCCUUAACCUCUGAGCUAGAACACAUGCAGAACACUAGAGCUGACGAAUAUGACUUGACACUGAAUGGUAUCCCUAGGGUAUCCUGUAAAGAAGAACCGGAGCAUAUAAUGCCCGUGAUUGGACCAGAUACUCUGGUUUGUCAUGAAGUUGAUUUGGAUGAUGGUGACAAACAGGACAAGGUAGAGGUCAUGGUAGCGGAGAUGGACACACAGACCAUACUUGUACCCACACUGCCCCCUACUGUUCCGCCUCAGAGUUACUCUGUGACUUCUCCCCUUGCGCUCAGUCAUGAUGAGUCUCACAGCAUAAAGAAUGAGAGUGACAUAACCAUCGAAGUGGACAGUGUGACAGAAGAAUCUCACAAAGAUAAAGGCCAUAAACGGAUCAGUGAGAACAACCUUGGGACACUGGCAAAGAAACCGAAGCGCGCACCAAAGCGAAUGAGCGCUUCAUCUAAGGGUGAAAAGAAUGGAAUAGGUCAAAGCAGUGACAGUGAAAAGCUUUCUGCUCUGGACACCCCCAGUAAGUGUGCUCCUGAUAAGCACAUACGUGUUCCUAAGCCACAAGAGAUGAUGCGAUCACCAACCACAGUCACAUCUCCGCAUAUAAAACAAGUAAGAAGAGACAAGCAUAGAAAGAAGCACCAGCACUCUACACCAAGGGUGUACAAGUGGACACUGCAGCUCAAUGAACUGGAUAAUAUGUCUGGCACAGAGAAGAUUGAGUUCCUCGAGGAUACACUGCAGGAGAUCAGAAAGCAGUACAUGUCCUUAAAGGCUGAAGUAGCUGCAAUAGACAGGAAGCGGAUAGAGUCACAAAACAAAGGCCGAAAAGUGUACAAUACCAGAGCAUCAAUGUCCUCUGCAUCUUCAUGGGCUGGAAUGGGUUCCUCAUCCUCGUCCCACAAAGCACACUGCCUGUAGAGUGCAGGAGAUACGUGGCGUCACCUACUUCCCAUCAGCCGCCUGCCAUGGACACUUAUCCUCCAUCCCUUUAAUCCUACCUCAUGAAGCACUCAAUUAAUUUGCUAAAGAAAUUUUUUUUUUUUACUUUUCUUCAUUUUUUUAAUCUUUUUCUUAAAUAAUAAAUUAGGGUUAGACUAGCAGUGAGUCUGCCGCAGUGGCUUCUUGUUUUAUCUAAACAGAGGAAUUACAUUUUUAGGAAUUUGAGAAAUGUGUGAAUAAUAUUUCUCUU